AUGGUAAGACAUGAUUAACUAACAGGAUGUUUGAAUUAUUGUGUUAAUCUUGUGUCUAAUUUCCUCAAAAAAGUCAAUUGUACCUAUGUAAUGUGACCACAAUCGUAGUCAAAGAGUAUUCUGUCUGUGAAAGGCAGUAACUAGAAAUUAACAAUGAUGUUUACUCCCAACAGCGUGAAUGUAUCUCUAUCCAUGUGGGCCAAGCUGGGGCUCAAAUUGGCAAUGCAUGUUGGGAGCUGUAUUGCCUGGAACAUGGGAUCCAGCCAGAUGGACAGAUGCCUACAGAAAAGACAUUUGGAGGGGGAGACGUCUCUUUCAACACCUUCUUUAGUGAAACAGGGGCAGGAAAACAUGUUCCUAGAGCCAUCUUUGUUGACCUGGAACCAACUGUUAUUGGUAAGCACCCGUUUUAAAGCUAAUGAUAUGUCAUAUCAGAUGUUUGUACGUUUUGAUGAUUUUUGAAAUAAAUAAAUAAAUAAACUUUUGUUUAAACAACCAUUUGUUUAAAAUAUUUGAAACAUGUAAAAAUUAUGGGGAGAACUAUAGCACAAGGAUACAAUGCAACAAUAGAAUUUCUGAAUAAAUUAAUAAGUAAUUCUUUACACAGGUGAUGUCCAUGUUGAUUCUACCCCAUUGUUUUGUAAAAUUAUUUUUAAAAAAUUCAGUAAAAGCUUUGAUGAGACUGAGUCUAAGGAUCACUCCUGAAAUAAAGCUGCUGCUCUUUUAUUUUACAUGUCAGAUGAGGUGCGAACAGGAACCUAUCGCCAGCUGUUCCACCCUGAGCAGCUCAUUACUGGUAAAGAAGAUGCUGCCAACAACUACGCUCGUGGACACUACACUAUUGGCAAAGAGAUCAUUGAUCUGGUUCUGGACAGGACUCGUAAACUGGUAAGAGUUUGAAUAGAAUUUCUUUAAAAAUCUUUGUAUUAUGGUACAACCAGCUGACCCAUUUUUAAUUAGGUUGAGAAACAGGUAAUCCUUUAAUAUAGGAGCUUGCCUGACUUGUGACCUCUCAUGAUGUUCAAUCUUUAAAGUGUGGAACAGAAAUUGGAUUUUCAGUAAUCAAAGAUUUUUCAUUUCAGGCUGACCAAUGCACUGGCCUUCAAGGAUUUCUCAUCUUCCACUCCUUUGGUGGGGGAACUGGCUCUGGUUUCACCUCCCUGCUUAUGGAGAGACUCUCUGUUGAUUAUGGUAAAAAGUCUAAGCUUGAGUUUGCCAUCUACCCAGCCCCUCAGGUCUCCACCGCAGUUGUGGAGCCCUACAACUCCAUCCUGACCACCCACACCACCCUGGAGCACUCCGACUGUGCCUUCAUGGUGGACAAUGAAGCCAUCUAUGACAUCUGCCGCAGGAACCUGGACAUCGAGAGGCCCACUUACACCAACCUGAACAGGCUCAUUGGUCAGAUUGUUUCUUCAAUCACAGCCUCUCUUCGUUUUGAUGGAGCCCUGAAUGUUGAUCUGACAGAGUUCCAGACCAACUUGGUGCCCUACCCUCGUAUCCACUUCCCUCUGGCCACUUAUGCCCCAGUCAUCUCUGCUGAGAAAGCCUACCAUGAGCAGCUGUCUGUUGCUGACAUCACCAACACCUGCUUUGAGCCAGCAAAUCAGAUGGUGAAGUGUGAUCCUCGCCACGGUAAAUACAUGGCCUGCUGUUUGCUGUAUCGUGGUGAUGUGGUGCCAAAGGAUGUCAACUCUGCCAUUGCUGCCAUCAAGACCAAACGCACCAUCCAGUUUGUGGACUGGUGCCCCACAGGCUUCAAGGUGGGCAUCAACUAUCAGCCUCCAACCGUGGUUCCUGGAGGAGACCUGGCCAAGGUGCAGAGGGCUGUGUGCAUGCUGAGCAACACCACAGCCAUUGCUGAGGCCUGGGCCCGCCUUGACCACAAGUUUGACCUCAUGUAUGCCAAGAGAGCCUUUGUCCACUGGUAUGUUGGAGAGGGAAUGGAGGAAGGAGAGUUCUCAGAGGCCAGAGAAGAUAUGGCUGCCCUGGAGAAGGAUUAUGAAGAGGUUGGCGCUGACAACAUCGGAGAGGAGGAUGAAGAUGAAUACUGA